CGUCACGUCAUGGACAUUCCGCUACACGCUAAAUAAUUCACGUUUUAAUUUCGCAAAGUGGUCGGGGCGGAGUUUUCUCCAUUGUUCUCACCUCUGACAGGGCUAAUUAUCCUAUCACCGCAUGCUGCGGUGCGUAGAGACUAUUGUGGACCUGGUGGCCGGACUGUGCACUUGCCUCUGUAAGGGAUCGGAAUAUUGGGAGUUCGACAAGCGAGUCUGCGCACACGCCAUGGUCGAACACUUGACAGACGAACAGAUAGAGGAAAUCAAGGACGCGUUUGUGUCCUUCGACAAGGACAGUGACGGUCUGAUCGCCACGAAGGAGAUCGGCUCCGUCAUGAGAUCGCUUGGACAGAAUCCCACCGAGCCCGAGCUGAACGCCAUGAUCAACCAGGUGGAGAUAGGCGCAGGAAAGUUCAAGAUCGACUUCCCCGAGUUCCUGGACAUGAUGGUUGAGCAGAUGGAGUCCCACAGCAGCGAGCAGGAGAUCGCAGAGGCCUUCAGGGUCUUCGACAAGGACGGCAACGGUUUUAUCAGUGCGGAGGAACUGCGGGACAUCAUGAAGAACCUUGGCGAGGCGAUGUCCGUGGAUGACGUAGAUGAGAUGAUAGAAGCUGUGGACACGGACGGAGACGGACAGAUCAACUUCGACGAAUUUGUGGCGAUGAUGACGGGAAAGUUCUGACCUGUUGUUGGAUACACCGACCACUGCAAUCUCUACUCUCGAACUAUUUUAAUAUCAUCUCUAAUUUAACUUUCUAAUUUUUGCGAUUUCAAUUAAAAGCAAUGUACA